AUGGCUUGGUUUAGUUCCAUUGUUAAUGGAGUUGGCAGUGCAGCAAAUUGGCUCUUGUCCAACUCUGGUCUAGUUGGAAAGGUCCUAAGCACUGUUGGUACUGUCGCUCAGGGUAAUUUACCAAGCACAGUGACCACUGAGGGUUUUGUUAUGGUGGAGAAUGGUGGAAUCACCGCGGAGGACUGUGAUUGUGGGGGUGACUUGGCCCAAACAUUCAAGUACGCAACCAGGAAGCUUGAGAGGGCUGCACAGGAGGGAGAAAAAGCACCAAAAAUGCCCAUUCGGGGAUCCCAGGACAGUGCGAUUCUGUCCGGAUUGUGGACAAACCCAGGUCUCACAAUCGACGGCACCGCAACUCCUGAAAUGUAUAGAGACAUGGGAAAAUUCUUGGCGGAAAACAAUAUCCCCACGGAACUGAAGACGACCAACAAGGAUGGCACUGGCACGUUGGACGUGUCCCAGACAAUAUGCGACUCAAUCUUCGCGGAUGCCCCUGGCAUCCCGGAAUCUAGUGAAGUCGAGGCUGUUGCUGUCAAGGUAGCAGAGUUCGAGAUUCCAGGUGAUGGGUGUACGAUUUCCGGCUCUCACGCUUACUAUUCUAUCCCGUUGGGUAAGCGCAAUUAUGGACCACAGUGUGAUGACCAGGCAUGGCAUGGAGCCGUCCGAGUGACGAGAACCAGCACUGCGGCAUUCGACAUUGAACAUCGAAAGCAGAUGAAAGAGAACUUUUAUGUCGCUCAAACUGUUGAAACUGCGGGUACUGGACCGAGAUGGGUCGUUACUUGCCAGGUGAAUUGGAGAACAAUCUCACUCGCCAAACGUGCUCGGGAGAAGGUGAAGGCAGAACUUUUGGAAUAUCAUCCUACCUACCAGCUUCUGUAUUCUGCGGUUACCGGUCAGAAUCAGACAAUCAAAAUCCGAGCACCCGAAGGAGUUACGCCAGCCAGUGUACGCGCUAUCCUUAACCAGGUUGUCACCAAUGCCGCGAAAAGUGUGACACAAGGUGCAAGUCAGAUUCUCAACGGCGAACCUCUCUCAGAUAGCAUGCUCUCUUCUCAAGUCCGCUCUGUUCUUAAUCUUGUUGUUUCUGAAACAGAGAGAAAAUUGACUGGCCAAAUCGAGAAGCCUGAAAUGGAUUCCACACUUCAAACUCCAGAAGUUACCGUGACGAAUUCAACCUUGGUUACUUGA